CGGUCCACCCUUAUUAGGGCCCUUGAACUGCCUCCUGCUUCGUUCUUCGGAGAUCAAAGUUUCUAGCUUCUAUCGGUGAACGGUGAUUGAAUGGUUCUGUCAUGGAAUUGAAUCGCCAGCGAAUGACGCGGCGGAGGUGGGAGCAGGAGAAGCUAGUGAGGAAAGUAAUUUGGCCUUCAAUUCAGGGACAUGCUUGUCCGAUAUGUUUCAAAAACCUUGAAGAUCAUUACAAGGAAGCUGCAAUCCUCUCCGUGUGUAUGCACGCCUACUGCAUCGAUUGCAUUCGGAAAUGGAGUGGCUUGAAAAGAAGGUGUCCCCUCUGUAAUGCAAACUUCAAGUCUUGGUUCUGUAAGCUCAGUCUUUCCUCCAGAGAGUUCUAGAAGGAGGUGUUACCCUUUGAUGAUUUAACCCAAAAUUCUCAUCAAGAAAUUAGUGCAAGCCGUGUAAAUGCCUCUAGAACAAGAGCUGCUUUAGAUGAAAGGCGAACUAAGGCACUGCUAUGGCGGCGGUCAUUUGGACGUCCUGGACAUGCGAGUACCGAAGCUAUUUCUCAAAGGAAACUUGAUUGGCGUGCAAGCAUAUAUAAGAAGCAGUUGAAGGCAGUUCCUUUAACCUCUAGCCAUCUUGAUCAGAUUAAAUCAAGAAAUAGUUUGUUAAGAGAGAAAACACUGCAAAAGAUUGAGCCAUGGAUACGGAGGGAACUACAAGCUGUUCUUGGUGACCCAGAUCCAGCUGUCAUUGUUCAUGUGGCAGCCUUACAGUAUCUUGCAUGGCUGGAGGAAAAAGUUGCUUCUGGACAGUUUGUUGUUGAAGAGAGGUUUAUAUCACCUCUCCGUCCUUUCUUGCAAGAUAAAGCUGGCAUCUUUUGGCAUGAACUAAGAUUGUAUGGAAUAAAUAUGAACUAUAAGCAAGUGCAAGAUCACUCUUCAAGAAGCAAUAAGAAGAUGGCACAUUCCACCUAAUCAACUGGCCUUGUCUUGUUUGUUUCAAAUGACUCUUCUAGUUGUUAUUGUUAUUUGGAGAAGUGAAGACAUGAUCGAACUAUCUUUAUUAUAGUUUUCUCUAGUUUUUUUUUAAAUCUACUGGGAAUUGAGAACUUGUAUUUUUGGCGAACGGUGGAAUGGCAGAAGUUAAUACCAUAUAUUAUUGUAGGUGUUUUGCUGAGAGUUCUUAUAGUAUUGAAACAUAUGAUGCCGUAGUUGAAUAUAAAAAGCUGGAGUGAGGGAAGAGAAAAUACUUUUACUAUUGCCCAUCUAUCAAUGUGGGAGGAUGGAAAUUGUGGUGGCACAUUGUUCCUGAGCUCAUGCUAACAUAGGAAUCUGCUUGUACUUCUACCCAGCUGAUUCGUGCUUUUUAAGAUAAAAUUUCAUUUGCAAAUGGCAGAGCUAUUCCAGUUGGAUGGAAAUUUUAGGAUGAUGAUUCUUUCUGUCUCAGCUACUUUAAAGUUGGCUUCAAGUCUCAAGACUGGCGGUGUUUUUUUGCUCUUUGAUAAAGUACAGUGGCAUCAGACAAUUCAUGUAAUCAAUCCCACGUGGGGGGGUAAGACUUGUUUUGUAAUACACAUGUUCACCAGUGUCUUCCUGUGCGUUGGAUAUUCUUGGACUGCUGCCCUCAAGCUUGAUAUGCGCUCUCUGCAGCAUGGGGUGAGAAAUAUUGAUAAUUUAUGCAUCCCCAAAUCAAGUCAGCAGGAACUAAUACAUGUCAUAGAUUGGCAACUAUUGCUGUGUUGAUUUUUGUUAUUUCCCGAGCACCUAAGUCUUGAAUAAUUGUACAUGAUUAAUGGAUUUGUCGCUCCAUUUGUAUUAUAAUUUAAUGAAUCGUUUUUAUUUUCUAUUGGGUCAUUUUCGUUGAUAAUUUCCCCUUCUAUCUUAAGAUUGUAAUUUGUAAAGCUGCUUUACAGUUUUUUUUUAUUAAA